AUGAGGCCUGAUACAUCUCUUGAUUAUGCUGUUUUCGAACUGUCCCCAAGGCGCUCACGAUGUGAGCUGUUUGUAUCGAGGAAUGGGACUACGGAGAAGCUUGCUUCAGGACUAGUCAAGCCAUUCGCGACUCAUUUGAAGGUUGCAGAAGAGCAGGUUGCGCAGGCAGUUAAUUCGAUUAAACUUGAAGUUGGCAAUCAUAGAAAUGCCGAGACUUGGUUCACCAAAGGAACACUGGAGAGGUUUGUGCGGUUUGUCAGCACACCCGAGGUUUUGGAGAUGGUGAACACAUUUGAUGCUGAGAUGUCCCAAUUGGAAGGAGCUCGGAAAAUAUACUCUCAGGGGAUUGGAGGCCAGGUUUCUAGUUCAGGCGAGGAUGGUACAGGCUCCUUGGGAGGAGCUGAUGCAACAAAGAAAGAGCUUCUGAGGGCAAUAGAUGUUCGGUUGAGCGCGGUUAGGAAGGAUUUAGUUACAGCCUGUACUCGUGCUUUAGCUGCUGGUUUCUACCCUGAAAGUAUAUUGGAACUCCAGCUCUUUGCAGAAUGCUUUGGGGCUUAUCGUCUUAAUGAAGCUUGUACCAAAUAUAUCUCACUGUGCCAGAGACGAGUUGAUUUGAUCAAUCAAUGGAAGCUACGUGUCGAGGAUCAAGCUGUCCGGUCAUCAUGGGGAUCAGACAUGUCAAUUGAUGACUCCUAUGAAGACCCAUGUGGGUCCCACCAACCUUCUUUCCAAGGGAAACACCUUGCAGGUCAAGAACAAAGAAGCCUGGACGCAACUAUCCAACCUCAAACUAGAGAACAGACAUCUUCCUCCCUUCCUGAACAGCAGAAUAAAGAGAAGGAAGGAGCUGUUGCUGAAUCAUCACCUGGACUACCAAGCCAAUCUUCCAGGCGGCUAAGUGUUCAAGACAGGAUUAACCUGUUUGAGAACAAGCAGAAGGAAAACUCUGGUAGCAAGUCAAUAUCUGUGGGGAAAUCUGCAGAGUUAAGGAGAUUAUCCUCUGAUGUGUCAUCUGUAUCUGCAGCUGAAAAGGCUGUGCUGAGGAGAUGGAGUGGAGCUAGUGAUAUGAGCAUAGAUAUAGGCAACGAAAAAAAAGAUGGAAACAACACAGAUAGCCCAUUAUGUACACCCUCUUCGUCAUCUGCUGCCUCCCAAGCCAAAGCUACUGCCUUUUCUUUCUCAUCCGAGGAUAAUAGCAAGGACUUGAAAGGUUUACCUGAUCCCAGGUCUGCCUUUGGGUUGAAAGGUCAGGGUGAGUCGCAGACAACUAGUGUUGAAGGGAAGGGCCCUGAGUUAGAGUUGAAGGAUGAUAAAGUUAACUGGACAGAACAAGGGGUGUCUCAGGCUGGAGCGGGGAAUCUAGGCUUUCGGGAGGAGAGAUCUGUGGUCACAUCGGGUAAGGCAGACAGUUUGGGCGGAGAUAAGGAUCCUGUGCUGAUUGAAGACAAGCCAAAUCAUUCGUGGCUUAGGGUCCCAGAUGGUGAAUUUGGGAAGAGAGUUGAAGACAUUGAGGUAAGAGAUCAUCUCCCAAAUCAUUCACGGCCUAGGAAUCAUGGUAGAUCUCUUUCAGGGCAGUUUGAAGGUGGCUUAGGUGGGAGACCGAAGAACUUUCUACAUAAAGAGGUUGGAGGCGAUCAGUCUGCAUCUCAGUCUCAGUGUAGAUCCUUUAACAGUGAAGCCGAGCCAGCAGGGAAAAAGGAUGUUGCAUUUUCUGGGAGGGAAUCAACAAAGGGGGGAAACCUUGAAGCACCAACAAUAGUGAAGAUGCAAAAGCCAGUUUCUAUUGGGCGGGAUAGGAAUGAUGAGAGUGCUGUUCCUUUUGGAAGCAGCAAGCCAGUUAAUUUAGGUAAAAGAAUGCUGGAUUUGCAGGGAAGUCACCUUACUGCCCAAGCAUCAUCUGUUGAGCAAUUUCCAAGGGUAAGGCAAUCAAAGGGAAAUCAGGAGCUGAAUGAUGAGCUGAAAAUGAAGGCAAAUGAACUUGAAAAGCUUUUCGCAGAACAUAAACUUCGUGUUCCAGGGGAUCAAUCAAGCUGCAAUAGGAGAAACAAGCCUAUGGAGAUACAGGUUGAUCAACAGACAGCGAGUUUGGUUCACAAAACAUCAGCAGCAGCAGUGGAGAGUUCUCCCAUGCAUUUUCAGAUCAAGAAAGUGGAGCUUGAAGCAAUUGGAAAAAGUGAUACAGUAGAGUUCAACACUCUGCCUACAAAAAUGUUAGAUCAACCGGACUACAGCAGCUCAUUGAGAAGGAAUUUCUCUGACCUAAGUUUUUCUGAGGAUUCUAGAGGAAAGUUCUAUGAAAUGUACAUGAAGAAGAGGGAUGCAAAACUAAGAGAAGAGUGGGUUACCAAAAGGGAAGAGAAGGAAGCUAAGUUGAAGGCUAUGCAUGAUAACCUUGAUCGAAGCAAGGCCGAGAUGAAAUCUAAAUUUUCAGCAUCUGCUGAUAAGCAGGAUUCACGUGCUCGUCGACGUACUGAGAAACUGAGAUCAUUCUCUGUUCAUUCGAGCGCGAAGAAACAGCAGCUGCCUGUCAACUUAAUCCAAAGCGAUGAGGAUGAAGAUCUCCCGGACUAUUCAGAACAGUUUUAUGGACAAGACAAAUCAUUUACUGAGGCAGCUGAUCAGAACAAGAAGUUCACAUCAACCCGGAAUAUGUCUUCGUCAACUCCUCGGACAGCUACAGCAGCACCUGUUCCACGGUCAGCAGUGAAAAGUUCCAACCCGAGUUCUGGAAAGCGAAGGACACCAUCGGAAAAUCAUCUAGCACAAUCAGUUCCAAACUUCUCAGAAUUCAGGAAAGAGAACACAAAGCCAUUUCCUGGAGCUGGCAAGACCACAAACCGUUCUCAGGCGAGAAGCUACUCUCGCAGCAAGAGCAACGGAGAAGAUGUACCGCUCACAAAAGAAGAUAAUAAGUCGAGACGUUCUCAGUCAUUGAGGAAAAGUACUGCUGGUCCUCCCGAGUUCAAGGAUUUAUCUCUCACAACCGAUGCAACUGUUUUGGCAUCAUUGAAAUCUGAUAAAAAUCAGACCGAGUCAAAGACCUUCUUGAAGAAGGGAAAUGGGAUAGGUCCAGAUGCGGGACCAGGUAUGGCAAAACUGAAAGCAUCAUCAGCUGUCUCCGAGGCUUUGAGAAGUGAAGACGAAUUUGAAGAUUCUGCUUUCGAAAUGGAGGAUAGUUCUGACGUGAUUAGGGAUGUAGGAGAAGAGGAGCUCGAAACAACUGAGGUGGAAGAUUGUACGAAUGUUGAUAAUAAUGGUAAGUCGAGACAGAGUCAGGAAUCUGAGAAGAUGGUUAUGUCAGAAUCAGACAACAGUGACCCUCAAAGAUCUCGGGUCAGUUUUUCAUCAGUUGCUGAAUUGCCUGCGUCAGUGCCUUCAGCAUUCAGUACUGUAGAAGAUUCACCAGCAGAAAGCCCUGUCUCGUGGAACAUGCACCACCCGUUUUCUUAUCAACACGAGACCUCAGAUGUCGAUGCCAUUGUGGAUUCUCCAAUGGGGAGCCCCGCAUCAUGGAACUCUCACUCCCUAUCUCAAGCAGAAGCAGAUGCUGCUGCUCGAAUGAGAAAGAAGUGGGGAAGUGCUCAGAAACCUGUUCUUGUUAGUUCAUCUCAUAACCACUCCCGAAAAGAUGCAACAAGAGGUUUCAAAAGGUUGAUAAAGUUCGGAAGGAAAAGCCGUGGCGAGACUUUGGCUGACUGGAUUUCUGCAACUACUUCUGAAGGAGAUGAUGAUACAGAAGAUGGGCGAGAUCCAGCCAGUCGGUCGUCGGAAGACUUGAGGAAGUCGAGGAUGGGAUUCUCACAUGGCCAUCCUUCUGAUGACGGCUUUAAUGAUGGAGAAUUAUUCAAUGAGCAAGUUCAAGCUCUGCAUACCUCCAUUCCAGCACCUCCUGCAAACUUCAAAUUGAGGGAUGAUCAUGUUUCUGGAAGCGCAAUCAAAGCUCCAAGAUCUUUCUUUUGGCUUUCAAACUUUCGGAGCAAGGGAGGGGAUUCAAAGUCACGUCAAUAA